CCAUAUCCUAUUAAUCGAAGAUUAUAGAGAUAUCUGUUUUACUCCACAAGGUGUCGACUUAAUCUUAAUGAUAACGACAGCUUUGAAAUAAAAAUACAAGCAACUCGCAAAAGGCUGAAUCCAUUAAACAGUGUUAAAGCCUCUAUAUAAUGUUAAUUUCCAGCACAGACCAAAGGGUGUCAUCGAAGGAGAGGUCUGAUUCUGCUGUGCUGAGGCAAUUCCACGUCCUGGAUAUCAGCGGGUCCGUGGAUUAAUAUCUUUGGGGACGAUAAAAUUCCGGCGGCGGUGUCACUCAUGCAACACUCAAUUAAUCCUGCAUAUACUGGUUUUUAAACCCUUUUAAAUGAGUCUAAAUCAUCGAUGCUGAAGCAAGACAUUUAUCACUUUGUUUGCUUUAAUGUCGAGAAAAAUGUCAAAAUUGUUUUGCUCUCCUUAUAUAAACUUGUUCAGAUAACCUAGUAUUUCUGCGUCUGGCCAUUUAUAUUGACAUGGAAAAUAUCACCAAUAAUGUAACGGGACUUGAAGUGUCGUCUGCAAAAUCUUUACCAUCAUCCGAUGGAGAUAAAAGUGGAUACGAUUUACCUGUGUACGGUUUAGAGAAUGGACAAUUUUAUUCCAUUCACAUACCUGCAAUCACUUGUAUCAUUUUAAGUUUUAUAUCAGUUGUUGCUAUCUUGGUUGCAUCGUUCAGACUGCAGAGUAUCAAGACGUUCUUCUCCUGGACAAAGAGUGAACGGUUUGUGGUUUACCUUGCUCUCUGCGAUGGCCUCUUCAACGUCGCUCACAGUAUGGACCAUACUCACAUCGUACUCACAAGGAACCACGUGUACCCCAAGGAACUGUGCGAGUUCUAUGGAUUCAUGUUGGCGGAAUUCAUUACAGCACAAAACCUGAUGGUCAACGUUGUUGCGUUGAAUGUAUUCGUUUUGAUCUACUUCAAGAAGGACUUGAACUUUGGCGCCUACGAUUAUCGUCUGCUUCUCUAUACGUUCGGACUGCCCUGCGUUGGAGGGUCUGUGGCCGCUUACUUCGGAACCCUCGGUCCUAAUGGAACUUUCUGUUAUUUUGACGGGGUAAAGGGGGAACUGGUCAAUGUUUUCUUCACGACCGUCCCGUUAUUAGCUGUCCUUCUGAUGAACAUCGUCUUUUAUGCAAUGACGUGGAGGAAGAUAAGUACCGAGUCCAAGCGACUACAGCACACCCUGGGCCAAGAGGCGGCGACCAUCCGGGCAUCUUUACAGGCCGCCAAAACCAUGUCCUUGUUCGUCACGGCUUUCUUUGCGCAGUGGUGGGCAAUGGCGCUCUAUGGAAUCUGGCAAAUGAUCGCCCCCGUCCCCCAGAGUUUGUUUCAGUUUGUGACCACUUUUUCCAACAUCGGUGGUAUACUAAACGGCGUUGUUUACAUCAUUAUCAGGCGGCGACGGGCGACCGCCAAAGCCAAAAAGAUGGCGACAAAGGAAAAACAGUUUCAAGAUAUUAAAUCAGUCUCUGAAAAAGUAGAGAAUUCGAGUGUUUAGAAAUUGCGUUCGUGUUGUGUGUUGUGUAAUUUAGACAAGCUUUAAUUAAAGGCAAACUAUAUUUAUGUGACGUUUUUCGACCGUUCCAGGAUAUCAUCAAGAGUAUGCAGCUCCUGAAUAAACACAUCGAAGACAGUCGUGUCCACGUUGAACAAAUCCGAGAGGUUUUUCUCAAUAAUUUAGCAUCCUUAAACACGUAAUACUUGAGCAAUCUGAAGCUAUGGUUUUGUAGCUUGAUCAUUUACUGUAACAUCAAGUGUAUUAAGACUUUGAUAUGUUUUGCAUUAUUUAUUUUUCAUGAUUUUUGUCAGCUCAACUGCACUGCAAAUAAUCGGUUUUGAAAUUGAUUUUACAAUGAAGGAGAAACAACCUGUACAAAUACAACUCAAAGGUACUGAGUUAUAUUUGCUUGAUAUCUGAUUUAGACAAGAUUUUAUCAUUGUUUCUCUCUAUGUAUGUUAAUUAAUUAAACACUACAUUCGCGGUCACGGUUAACCUCUUACAUAAAAAAGUAUCCCGUUGGAAAGAAUGUUAAGGUUUCAGACUUGUUCCAUAAAUAAAACAUCGUCUGCAUUCAUGGCAAGUGAGAUCUUGGUAAUGCAGGUGAAAAAUGUGGCUAUCUACCUCUCGGUGUUGGGAGGGGGUGGCUACAGUCAUAUGGGAUUCAUUCACGUUUUACAACUUGGUUGCUGAAUAUGUAAAAUGCAUUUAAAAAGCAUGUUUAUAAUUGGUUGUUUGGUAUCAAAAGAAAUGUUAUGCCAGGAAACAGAUCUUUGUCACAAAACAUUUCUACCUUUGAAGACGAUUCGAAGGUUAGGACAGAGACAACAAAUAAACAAAAUCAUCAUACAUGUAUAUACGAACACUAUGAAAAUAGAAUAUGUAUACAUGUACUAACGUAUAAAUGUCAACAUUUAUGUCAAAGACAUAAGUACAUGUACAUUUAUAGUGUAUUUGGUAAAACUUGGAAAUCAACGAAUGAGGUAAACCAGAUAAAUGGCUGGAUGGUCGUGGCCAUUUGUAGAAUAAACUGAUCUUUAAAAAAGCUCUGUAUAAAAAUAUAAGAAAAGUUUGAAUGUUUUAGCUAAUAUGUAUGAAUUUUGUUUCACUUAAUAAUAGCUUAUAGCAAUAAGCUUUGAAAAUCAUAUGUUAUAAUUUAAGAUAGAUCUUUUGGUUAUUUUGU